AUGAGGGAGCUCAUGGCCCAAAUGCAAAGCCAAGGAGGGUUCCCUAUUCCUCCAUAUGCCCCCCACGAGCACUAUCAGCAAGAGGACGAGGUCCAAAGUCAUAGGGCUGCCUCGCCAGAAUAUGGAAUCAGCCCUGCCGAACCGAGACCCAGUCAACAGCAGGCUCAGCAGCCUCGGACGAGGCCACAGCCUCCACCUCCGAUGCCCCAGCAGCCGGAGAGAAGGCAUGAAAAUGCCCCCCGCACUAUCCCGCAUAGAAGUAGGCCGCAAAGGAGGGAGGAAGAGGCUAGGAACCGGCCCGGACCCUUUCACCAACAACCAAGGUACGAGGCCGAAGACUACGAUUCUGAUGAGCAGCAGAGGUCCUGUGACUUGGACGAUAAUGAUGAGAACUUGCCAUUCUCAAGAGAACUAAGAAAUGCCCAGGAACAGGGCAAGCAGAGGCCUCCCCCUCCUCAAAGACAGCGAGGUAGAGGACCGACCUCCUACCUCAUGGACUGCCAGAUGAACCGAUCCGGAAAUGAGAACUCCGGCCAAGCCCUGGCCACCACAACUCUGAACGCGGUGCCAACCUUGGCAUAUGAGGAUGUCAACCCAACCACUGACCCACAUCAGAUGGAGGCCCAACAGGGACCCCGUAGAGGAAGAGGCCGAAGCCGUGGUUUUGCACCUAGAAAUAGGUCCAAUCCGAACUUCCCUGGAUACUGUUUGCACCAUAGGUCCUAUGGGCACGACACCGCGGAUUGCAGAGAUUAUGCACACCGCUCCCGGCAGAAACUCGCCAGAGAAAGACAUAACUCGCCCCAGGCGAACAGGCCCCCGCCCAGGUAA